AUGCCUGCCGGUCUAACCUACCCCUGUCUAAAAGUUGUUAUAGAGUUUCUAGAUGCCAAUAAACGAACUCAUAUCACCAAUCGAUGUAACUCAUCAUUCAAAAAUGUGGAGCAGUUUAUCCCGUUUCGCGUUGACUACGUACAUCUACAAGAAAAAUGUAUUACGUUGAAUAAUAUAAAGUUUGAAAUUUCGCAAGACGAAAACCAAAUUGAGAUCAAGAAUCGUCUCAGGCGAGAUAAAAGAAGUGCACCACCACUCAAACUGAAAUAUUCGGAAGUCAGAUAUCAGAAUAUUGUCCCCGGACAAACAUUCAGUAGACCGAUUCCCGAUGAAUGGAAGCACUUCAAAUCGUUGUUUCGAGAAAUUAUUUCGAAAUUAUUGAGAGAAGAGAGAAAAAAUACUUUGUUGAACUAUUUUCAAAAUGAGUAUUGUUACCACUAUUUUGGCUUUCGCGGUCUUCAGUUCAAAUUCAAGGUUAGCAACUUGGAGUGCAAAGAUGUUCAGGAUAGCUUACAUCUUGUUAGUCCUUCCAGUGCUCCCAUGAACUACAUUGAAUGUUUUUAUCCGUCUACGAGAAAAUUUCGACACAAUUUGAUAGAUUCUGCCAAAAAGCUGGUCAUCAAUUACUGCGACUAUAACUCGGAAAGUACCUUUGAGCUAGACAAUUUUCCACUUCAUCCGAAUGCGGAUACGAUAUUUAAUAAAGGACAGAUCGAAUUCCCAGUGAUUCGAAGAAUUGUUUUGAACUUGAAGAACAAUGAGUACAAAGUUGGAGUUACACUAAAAAUGAAAGGGCUUCAAAUAUCAGUAAUGAAAAGAUUUAUGGAUUACGCAAAAGUUUGGUUAUCAGCAAAGGAAGUGAAAGUAGAUGCAAGUCUUGACGAAUCACUCAUCAACAACUACAGUGUUAUUCCAAGACAUAAAUCGACACAGAUUACAGCAAAGUCCCGGAUUGUGAUGUACGAUACUGUUGAAAAUGACGCAGACAAUCGAAAAACGGAUGACGAACGAACUCUGGUGUUGAAGAUUGUUCCCAUCGACCCAUAA